ACGCUUUCUCUAUCAUCAUCAUUAUCAUCUUAAUGGAGAAAGUCCACCAGUUAGCCGCCCCCAAAAAGUCAACGGUUUUGAGAAUUUCUGAGAACCACUCUCUCGCCGAUGGAUUCAGAUUUCAUUUGGGUCUCCGUUAUGUGCCCCUGAUGUCGUCUUCCUCGGUUCCGACCAGCAGAGCUGUUAAUAAAGAGUAACCAACCUGGUCUAUUCUGGUCUGGUCUGGUCUGGGUCCGGUCUCGUCUCGUUUGACAGAUUAACCAAACUGAAGAUUUCACAGCCAUGUGGCUCUUGCGGUCCCAGAUUCAUUCACCCCUAUACCGCAGCAGCUGCCACAGCCACAGCCUCUGCGACAGCGGCAGCUACAGCAGCCGUCUCUUGGUCUUGCUCCUGCUACUGCUCUCUUGUUUUGUCUCUUCUCACCAGGCCUGCCACCACCUGGAUCGGGCCUCUCUGUUAUCCUUCUCCCGGGACAUUUCUUCCCCUCCGUCCGCUCCUCUCAACUGGUCUUCCUUUGACUGCUGCCUCUGGGAAGGGAUUACUUGUUACGACGGCCGGGUCACCCAUCUACGCCUGCCUUUAAGGGGCCUCAGCGGGGGCGUCUCUCCCUCUCUUGCUAAUCUCACCCUUCUCUCCCACCUCAAUCUCUCCCGUAAUUCGUUCUCUGGUUCUGUUCCCCUAGAAUUAUUUUCGUCCUUGGAGAUUCUUGAUGUGAGCUUCAACCGUCUCUCAGGAGAAUUACCACUGUCUCUGUCUCAGUCGCCUAACAACUCCGGAGUCUCGCUCCAGACAAUAGAUUUAUCAAGUAAUCACUUUUAUGGGGUAAUCCAAUCUUCGUUUCUCCAGCUGGCUAGGAAUUUGACCAAUUUCAAUGUCAGCAACAACACCUUCACAGACUCUAUUCCAUCUGACAUCUGCAGAAAUUCUCCCCUCGUUAGGCUCAUGGAUUUCUCCUACAACAAAUUCAGCGGCCAGGUUCCCCUGGGGCUGGGGGACUGUUCCAAACUGGAGGUUCUCCGAGCAGGCUUUAACUCUCUCUCAGGAUUGAUCCCCGAAGAUAUUUACAGCGCAGCAGCUUUGCGGGAAAUUUCAUUGCCAGUCAACAGCCUCUCAGGGCCCAUCUCCGAUGCCAUCGUCAACCUCAGCAACCUAACUGUCCUUGAGCUCUACUCUAACCAGUUGAUUGGCAAUCUUCCUAACGAUAUGGGGAAGCUCUUCUACUUGAAACGGCUGCUCCUUCACAUCAACAAACUGACUGGUCCUCUGCCUGCAUCUCUGAUGGAUUGCACCAAGCUAACAACACUGAAUUUGAGGGUCAACUUGUUUGAAGGAGAUAUCUCCCUGAUUAAAUUUUCCACCCUCCAAGAACUGAGCACACUUGACCUCGGCGAUAAUAAUUUCACUGGCAACCUUCCUGUAAGUCUCUACUCGUGCAAGUCACUGACCGCUGUCCGACUGGCCAACAACCGGCUAGAGGGACAGAUCUUGCCUGACAUACUUGCUCUGCAAUCUCUGUCCUUCCUUUCAAUCUCCAAAAACAAUCUAACCAACAUCACUGGGGCAAUCAGGAUGCUGAUGGGUUGCAGAAAUCUCAGCACUGUCAUUCUUACACAGAACUUUUUUAAUGAGCGAUUGCCAGAUGAUGAUAGUAUUUUAGAUUCAAACGGGUUCCAAAGGCUCCAGGUUCUGGGUCUUGGGGGUUGCCGAUUCACUGGUCAGGUGCCUACCUGGCUAGCUAAGCUUAGCAAGCUAGAGGUCCUGGACCUGUCUCUUAAUCAAAUCACAGGCUCAAUCCCUGGUUGGUUGGGGACUCUGCCCAGCCUUUUCUAUAUAGACCUGUCCAGCAACCUUAUUUCAGGGGAAUUUCCCAAGGAAAUUAUACGAUUGCCAAGGCUGACGUCGGAAGAGGCGGCCACUGAAGUAGACCAGAGUUACCUAGAGUUGCCUGUAUUUGUCAUGCCCAACAAUGCCACUAAUCUGCAGUACAAUCAGCUCUCCAACCUUCCACCAGCUAUAUAUCUGAGAAACAACAGCCUCAGUGGCAAUAUCCCUACUGAGAUCGGUCAGUUGAAGUUUAUUCAUAUUCUGGAUCUCAGCUAUAACAAUUUCUCUGGCAGCAUUCCAGACCAGAUAUCUAACCUCACUAACUUGGAAAAAUUGGACCUCUCGGGAAACCAUCUCUCUGGCGAAAUCCCAGGGUCGUUGAGAAGCCUCCAUUUCUUAUCUUCCUUCAAUGUUGCAAACAACAGUCUUGAAGGAGCAAUACCAUCAGGAGGUCAGUUUGAUACUUUUCCUAACUCUAGCUUUGAAGGUAAUCCAGGGUUGUGCGGUCCACCUCUGCAGCGGUCAUGCUCCAGUCAACCAGGAACCACCCAUUCCUCUACACUUGGUAAAAGUCUAAACAAGAAACUCAUUGUUGGACUCAUAGUAGGGAUUUGUUUUGUCACUGGGUUAAUUCUUGCCUUGCUGACAUUAUGGAUAUGCAAGAGGAGAAUCCUUCCAAGAGGGGAAUCUGAGAAGAGUAAUCUGGACACAAUUUCCUGCACCUCCAAUACAGAUUUUCAUUCUGAGGUUGACAAGGAUACCAGCAUGGUCAUAGUGUUCCCAAGCAAUACUAAUGGAAUUAAGGAUCUCACGAUAUCUGAGAUCUUUAAGGCCACGGACAAUUUCAAUCAAGAAAACAUCAUUGGAUGCGGGGGCUUUGGUUUGGUUUAUAAAGCUAUUUUAGAAAAUGGGACCAAGCUUGCAAUUAAGAAACUUUCAGGAGAUCUGGGCUUGAUAGAAAGGGAAUUCAAAGCAGAGGUUGAAGCUCUGUCCACAGCCCAACACAAGAACCUAGUGUCCCUCCAAGGUUACUGUGUGCAUGACGGCAUUCGGCUACUGAUAUAUUCCUACAUGGAGAAUGGAAGUCUGGAUUACUGGUUACAUGAGAAGACUGAUGGUUCACCUCAACUUGAUUGGCGGACUCGACUGAAAAUAGCACAGGGAGCAAGCUGUGGGCUGGCUUACAUGCACCAAAUCUGCGAGCCACACAUUGUGCAUCGUGACAUCAAGUCGAGCAACAUCCUUCUCAAUGACAAGUUUGAAGCACAUGUAGCAGAUUUUGGAUUGUCCAGAUUGAUUCUCCCUUAUCACACUCAUGUUACAACAGAGCUAGUAGGUACUCUGGGUUACAUACCUCCAGAGUACGGGCAAGCAUGGGUGGCUACUUUGAGAGGAGAUGUGUACAGUUUUGGGGUUGUCAUGCUUGAGCUGCUCACUGGGAAGAGGCCUGUGGAGGUAUUCAAGCCAAAAAUGUCAAGAGAGUUGGUUGGGUGGGUGCAGCAAAUGAGGUCUGAGGGAAAACAAGACCAAGUCUUUGAUCCUCUUCUCAGAGGCAAGGGCUUUGAAGAAGAGAUGCUGCAGGUGCUUGAUGUGGCCUGCAUGUGCGUCAGCCAGAAUCCUUUCAAGAGACCCACAAUCAAGGAAGUUGUUAAUUGGCUCGAAAAUGUAGGGAACAACCCACAGGCACCCAAGUAAGGGCAUAGCAAUCCAGUAGCUACUGGGACUACCCUUCCAUACAUCAUAAGAACAAAUAGGCAUAACUAGAAAGGUCAAAAGAAUAACUGGGUUCAUUACUAUUUCAGUUUUUCAGUCCAGUUCACCUGUUAUAACUAGUUGACUGUGCAGAAUGUUUUUUAUUUUAUUUUAUUUGCUGAGCUUUAUCCUUUUUUAAGUAA